CACAUGCAUCUGUUCACGUUAGUGAUUCAACUGGAUUUCUGUUUGCGAAACCCACUGUUGUGUGCUAAAAACAUUCUUAUUUUGAAUAAUAAUUGACUGAAAAAUCUGUUGUAAAAAAUGCCAUACUGAAGUAGGAUGUAACAUUCAGUUGUAAGAAUAUGUUUUCUUGUCCUUUUUUCACCAUAGUAUGUGUGUUCCAAUACUGACCUACUAAACAUUUUUUUUUUCCUGUUUUAGACGAAGAUGCAUCACCUGGUGUUGAGACCAUGCUUGUGUUUUCUGAUCAUGUCCGGAGCUUUGUGAACCCUGUUUGGACAUCGUCAGGCAGACCAGUUGAUAGAAAACGCACUGGACCACGACCUUGUCCAGUUUGUUAUUUGCCAGUUGAGCAAGCACUGGCACUGAGACCAGCUAAACCAUCAUUGUCACCAGUCCUUCAAAGCUUAAAUUAUGUUCUUGAAGACAUUUUGAUUCCCAAAGAGUCCAAGAGCGGUUCUUUGUUUGGAGGUUUUGCAUCCCUGGAGGAACGAGAUAAGUCUUAUGACAUAAAAGACUCGAUGACUGUACAUUGUGGAUUUGUAAGAGGGAAGGUACCUGGUCUUAAUACUGGGUUUGACAUAGAUGAAGCUGAUCAUUCUGAGAUGCAGCUGUGCCAGAGUACAGUUGUUGCCUCUGCUAUUUUUGGUAAUUAUGACGUAAUGCAACAACCAAAAAAUAUCAGCAAAUUUUCGAAAGAUACAGUUUGCUUCUUUAUGUUUCUGGACGAACUCAUUGAACUAGUGGGAAGGAAGCAAUUCAACUCUCCCCUCCCCAAGGGCGCCAAAAUUUUGUCAGGGAUUGUUGAUAGAGAGCUGAAAUUCUUUGUUCCCGGCACCCGGCACGCCCAAGCACGGGGGAAGCCCGGCCCGGCACGACGGCCGGCGUGCCCGUGCCAGCCCGGCACGGUGCCCGUGCCAUGCUUGGGCUGCCAUGUGGGCCCGUGGUGCAGGCACGAGCCCGGCCCACGUAAGCCGCGGCACGGCGCCGGCCCGUUAAGCCGUAAUAAGGCGUCGCGUAAGGAGUACGCGUGCCGCGUGCGUAACCCUAGCAUCCCAUUUUCUGUCUCGGCCUCUCCGUCUCCUCUCCUCUCCAGCUCGUGA